GUGCGUACGUUCGUGACGGACGGCGCUGACCCUUUCCCGCGUGGUAGGGACGCACAGGCACCCCCUUUCGCGCCGCUGUGGGUACGCUGUUCCCCUCGUGUUCAGUGUGUGACGUCUGGAGCUGCUCGCGAGUGGUGCUAGUGUUUCUGUGGUCUCUCCUCGGGUGUCCUCACAGCAGCCAUCAUGUCCUCAGAUCCUGGUAAUUACGGGAGUUAUGGUGGCCAACAUCAAGAAAGUUAUUCUGGAUAUGGAAAUCGGGGUGGUCAUAUUGCUGGACAGCCUUCACAGGAUUACUCUGGCUGUGGGCAGACACCAGAGUCGUAUGGACAGAACUAUGGAGGUUAUGGUUCUGGUUACGGCCAGAGCCAGUCUGGAGGUUAUGGGCAAUCCUCUCUUGGACAGAGCAACGCACCCUAUGAAAGCCAGCAAUCUUAUGGGAGCUAUGCACAACAGAGUUCCGAGUCCUCUAGAGGAGGCAGCAGAGGUCAAUCACAUAACAGUGGACAGUCCUAUCAACAGCAUCAGGAUUCCUCUGACCAGCAAGAAUAUGGACAGAAACCACGAUCAGGUUAUGGACAACCACUACUAGGAUCAUCUGAACCUUCAGGAUACGGGGGCCAGCAAUCCUACUCACGGAAAGAGGGCUACAGUCACGCCCCUCAAGAUGAUGACCGACGGGAUUCGGGCAAGUAUGGUGGUGAUAAAGACAUUAGUGGAUCCCAGAGUUUUGGAGGUAGCAGAGGCCGUGGGGGUUUUGACACAGAUAGGCAAGGUGACAGCAGUGGCGACCGAGGUGGCUUCAAAAAUUUUGGUGGAUCUAGAGAUGAUGAUGGAAGCAAACCUGACCAUGAAGAUCAGGAUAAUUCUGACAAUAACACCAUAUUUGUGCAAGGUCUUGGUGAAGAUGUAACUGCAGAUGAAGUGGGUGACUACUUCAAACAGAUUGGUAUAAUAAAGAUUAACAAGAAGAUUGGCAAACCAAUGAUAAACAUUUACACAGACAAAGAAUCUGGCAAGUCUAAAGGAGAAGCUACAGUAUCCUUUGACGAUCCUCCUUCAGCCAAAGCAGCCAUUGCUUGGUUUGAUGGAAAAGAAUUUAUGGGUAAUGUUAUAAAAGUUUCCUUUGCUACUCGGAGGCCUGAAUUUCUUAAAGGAGGUAGCUCCGUGCCAAGACGUGGUGGUGGUGGUGGUGGUGGUCAUAGAGGAGGUGGUGGUGGCAGCUUUGGAGGCCGUGGCUCUUUCAGGGGGGGCAGUAGUGCACCACAAGGUGGAGACUGGGUCUGCCCAAAUCCGUCCUGUGGUAAUGUAAACUUUGCCAGAAGAGAUUCCUGUAACCAGUGCAGUGAACCCAGGCCAGAAGAUUCCAGGCAGAGUGGGGAUCGUGGAAGAGGUGGGUAUGGGGGUGAAAGAGGAUUUAGAGGACGUGGAAGAGGUGGCGACAGAGGUGGAUAUGGAGGAAAAAUGGGUGGCAGGAAUGACUUUAGAAAUGAUCAGCGCAACCGACCUUACUAAUCUGAAGUUCAUCUCCUUGUCUUCUGCUGUACAUGUGGGCCUCUGUGUACUUAGAACUAAGUUACAAUAUUCUUACUUGAUUUACUUUGUUUUGAUCUGUCCCAAAAAAUGUGAGGGUAUUUUUUUUUUCAUUUUAACCAACGGAAAAAUUCACAAUUUAAACGAUUCUGCCCCCCCUAUUGAAUUAGGCUAAUGGAAAUGAGAGUAUGGAAUAUUGCCAAAAGUGUGUUUUUGUAAUACAAUAAAAAUUUACUUCUUUUUAA